UUAGUGGGCUAUUUGGUCGGCCGUUUUUCGGUAUUUUGGCCGUUUUUUUUUUCUGUAAAGUUGGAAAAAAAUCGGCUGAUUUUGCCGAUCGGCCGAUUUUCGCGGCAAUUAGUGGGCAAAUCGGCCGAUUUUUUGCCGAUAAAAAAUCUGCGCAUGAGCAGUGACCUGCAAGAGGAAGACAAAAAGAAGAAGAGGAUGAAGAAGAAGAGGAUGAAGAAGAGGAUGAAGAAGAGGAUGAAGAAGAGGAUGAAGAAGAGGAUGAAGAAGAGGAUGAAGAAGAGGAUGAAGAAGAGGAUGAAGAAGAGGAUGAAGAAGAGGAUGAAGAAGAAGAAGAAGAGGAUGAAGAAGAAGAAGAAGAGGAUGAAGAAGAAGAAGAGGAUGAAGAAGAAGAAGAGGAUGAAGAAGAAGAAGAAGAAGAGGAUGAGGAUGAUGAAGAAGAGGAUGAUGAAGAAGAGGAUGAUGAAGAAGAGGAUGAAGAAGAGGAUGAAGAAGAAGAAGAAGAAGAAGAAGAGGAUGAGGAGGAGGAGGAGGAGGAAGAAGAGGAUGAGGAUGAAGAAGAAGAAGAGGAUGAAGAAGAAGAAG